AUGGAUCAGGUUGAAGACUUGAUCGAAGGUGCUGCCUAUAACUCACAAAUAGAAAAGAAAUCCAAAGCCAAAUCAGGCCCUAGGAAGUCUCCACCAGGGCCAUGGAAGCUGCCUAUUAUCGGAAACUUGCAUCAGUUGGCUACUGGUAAUCCACUACCACAUCAUGCACUGAGAGACUUAGCCAAGAAAAAUGGACCUAUUAUGCACCUAAAACCGGGUCAGGUGGAGGCCUUAAUAAUCUCUUCCUCCAAAGCUGCAGAAGAGGUGUUGAAGACACAUGAGCUCACUUUUGCUCAGAGGCUUCUAUUUUUGGCCGCAGAAGUCAUGUCUUUUGGUCAAGAAGGCAUUGUGUUUGCUCCUUAUGGGGAUUUCUGGAGAGAGUCAUUUAGAUCGAUAAGAGAAGAAGAGGUUUCGAAUCUCAUCGAGGCCAUUUCCUCAUCAUCAAAGGGACUUACUCCCAUCAAUUUCAGUGACAAGAGUUUCAGUUUGACAACUGGGAUAGGAUCGAGGGCACCGUUUGGGGAAAAGUGCAAAGAUCAGGAGGAGUUCUGUUCAUUGCUUGAAGAAUCGACAAAACUUGCUGGAGGCUUUGACAUACCGGAUUUGUUUCCUUCACUCAAAUGUCUUGGUUUCGUAAAUGGGAGCAUACCUUCAAUGAAGAAGAUGCGAAAAAAGUUUGGACAGAUUCUUGAGAGUAUCAUCAACGAUCAUAAGAUCAAAAGUCAAGGCAAUGAGAUUGACAAACCAGAAGAAGAUCUUGUUGACGUACUUCUCAAACUUCAGGAGUCCAAGAAGCUCGAAUUCAACGUACUUGACAACCGAUCAGAUCAAAGAUGUCAUUAUGGUACGUUUAUAUAA